UGAGCACACGCCGGGCUGGCCAGAAUCAACAAUACAACGUAAAGGGUUUCUUAAGGAGAAAAGUUUCUUUUGCCAGCUAUCACAAUGAUAAUGCAUGGUUGCGUUAGCGUAUGUUCCGUCUGUCUGCUCGUCAUGUAUUUAGGAUGUACGUAUGCUGACUUAGACAAGCUAUGUACGAGUGAGAGGAGAAGGGAGGGUCCCGUCAGCGGCUCUGUCUGCGGGGCAAACCUGGUGCAGAUAGUCACAGACAUUUGCUUCCCAUACGGCAUCAAUGGCGCCAACAAAAAGAGAAGCGUUAUAAGUACUGCAGAAGAUGUGGGCCUGAAGGAAAUCUUUUUGAACAAGAGAGACGCCUCAACUUACCUGAGUAAACGGACAUUGUACGAAAAGGGCAUCACAUGUGAAUGUUGUUAUCACAGGUGUCGCUUCAGGGAAUUACAACAGUACUGUCGCUCCCCUAACAUCUAUGCCAAAAGGUCGACCGAUUCUUAACUGAAGCGAGGGCAGAAAUGCUGUACUGACUCUGGUCCGAAGUCCAUUUGAAGAGCAGCAUCUUCUCUAAAUGAUAUAAAAGUGGUGUUGUUAUGCCAAAUUUGAACUACCAUAGGAAUCGUCUUAUUUAUAGUGUGAUGUAAGCUGCAUGAUGGUAUCUUGUUUGCACAAUAUAUGUUGUACUGUUUUUUGCUUAAUGUAGAUUCUGAUGUUUUGCUUUCUGUUUUUUUUUUAUCUGUUUUUGAUUUUAUACUUGUAAAUGGAUUAUUUUUGAUGGUAAAAUAGCAGAAAAAAUAAAAAAAAUCAUUG